AUGGCGCAUCCACGAGCCCGUUUUUUCCUAUCGACACGACCGUACCUUUCAAGACGAGCACUUUGGAACCCGGCGCUUGUGCAAUCUGUACGAAACCCUUGUGUCGCAAGAUGUCGAUUACAAAGCACCAAUGUCGGUGUCCAGCCGCCGUCGCCGAAGAAUAAUGCUGUCCCCGACGAGUCGUCCCCAGACCUGUCGCAUUUGGACCCGCCUCCAGAGGACUACUCCCGAUUCAUUUUCCAAGAUAAAUGUCGGGUUACAAUGCACGCUGGAUCUGGCGGCCAUGGCUGUGUCGCCUAUCUCCGUGAGAAAUACGUCGAGGAGGGACCACCGUGCGGUGGCGAUGGCGGCAGUGGAGGAGGCAUCUACAUACAGACCGUUGAGGGAUUGACCAGUCUCCACAAACUGGCACGCCGAGGUGUCAUCAGAGCUAGCCGGGGUCGAAAUGGCCAGGGCAAAAGCAAAGGCGGGAAACGAGGAGAUGACGUGCUUAUCCAAGUUCCCGUUGGCACUGUGGUGCGAGAAGUGAGUCGCUACGACCCGGUUGAGGAGGCAUGGGCUCGCAUUCAGGAGGCCGAGGAAUCAGCCCUGAACUCCAAGGAAGAGAAGGAGGUCUGGGGUAACCCUGAUGACCUUGAAGCCGAAAAUGAAGAAUUAGAGGAGGAGCCGGAAUACAAUCCCAUUCAACACGACCGUUGGGUGCUACAUCCAUCAUCAAAGCCAUCCGAUUUCCUGAUGGUGCAAUUCCCAAAAUCAUACCCGCGCCGACAAAAUAUAGCAGCCAUGGAACCCAAGGGACCGAUUUGGCUUGAUCUCUCAAAGCCCAUGGAGAAGCCUAUGCUUUUGGCUGCCGGUGGUGCUGGCGGAUUGGGAAAUCCGCAUUUCUCCACACGCACGAUGGGACGACCCAAAUUCGCAUCCCGCGGAGAAGGUGGAAUGAUGCUGGAGCUCGACUUUGAGCUCAAGCUUCUGGCAGAUGUUGGACUGGUCGGCAAGCCUAACGCUGGCAAGAGUACACUCCUACGCUCCUUGACAAACAGUCGGACACGGAUUGGAAACUGGGAGUUCACCACCCUCUCCCCCCACAUCGGUACUGUGAUUACCGAUGACAUGAAGGGUCGUCCACUCGUAGAGUCGAAGGCCCGUCGCACUCACUUCACUAUCGCCGAUAUUCCCGGUCUGGUGGAGAAUGCCCAUCUGGACCGAGGACUUGGACUCGGAUUCCUGCGACACAUCGACCGGGCUGGAAUUUUGGCCUUUGUCGUUGACCUGAGUGUUGGUGACCCGGUGCAGGAGUUGAAAAAGCUCUGGCAUGAACUCGGAGAGUAUGAGCGAAUUCGCGAUACCGAUCCGGACUGUGGUCCUGAAGAUGAAGAUAGAAUUAUUGAAUGGAAUCCAUUCAAAGAAGAGAACGAGCAAGAAGAACGCCCAUGGAAACCAAACAGUGACGAGCCCGCCCGACUAUCACCAAAUGCAAGCCCCGAUGGGACCUUACCGCCCCUAGCUAUGCCCCCGGUGCAUAUGAAGCCCUGGUUUGUCGUGGCUACCAAGGCAGACUUGGAAAACACACAAGCUCAGUACCGUGCUCUGCAAGAGUAUCUGUCUGGUGUUCAGAACGGGUCGAUUGAACACCCAUCUGGUCAUCAAAAGGGAUGGAAAGACAGAGUGUGCGCUGUCCCGGUCAGUGCGAAACAAGGUGAGGGUGUAUCUCGGAUUCCUAAGCUGGUGAUGGACCUUCUGGAGUGA